AUGAAGUCUGUGCUCUAUUCCCUCACUGUACUGCUCCAAGUUGCUACGCACUUGGCAGUCGCAGCCCCGGUUGAGGUAUCCCGGGAUAUCGACCUCUCUCUGGAAGAGAGAACGGAGAAACCUCCCCCACCCGCUAUUCCAGGGGUUCCAGGCAGUGCUGCUGCUGCUGCUGCCGCCGCCGCUGCCGCUUCUGGUGGUACUGGAAAGGAUGCUGCUGCCGCCGCCGCUGCCGCCGCCGCCUCUGGUGGAACUAAGGAAGAGGGUGCUGCCGCUGCUGCUGCCGCCGCUGCUGCCAGCGCUGGUGGUAGUGGACCGAAUGUCGCCGCCGCCGCUGCUGCUGCCGCUGUAGCCUCCACUGGAGGUAAUGGAGGGGCUGUCGCCGCCGCUGCUGCUGCCGCCGCUUCCGCUGGAGGUAAUGGAGGAGCUGCUGCCGCUGCCGCUGCCGCCGCCGCCGCGUCCGCUGGUGGUAGUGGAGGUGAAGUUGUCACUGUCUCCGUUGCAGUUUCAGUUGCCACUGCUGGUGGUAGUGGACAGGCCGUCGCAGCAGCUGCAGCAGCUGCUGCUUCUGCCGCUGGUAGCGAAGGGAAUGCCGCUGCCGCUGCCGCCGCCGCCGCGGCUUCCGCUGGUAAAGGCGGACAGGAAGUCGCUGCCGCUGCCGCUUCAGCCGCCGCUGGUAGCUCUGGCGGUAAAGGCUGCAAGAUCACCAAGUCAUUCUUCUACUACAAGGGCCCAACUGGCUGGAGCGGUCAUGCCGGCAAAGCUAAGCCUGGCGAUCAGUUCCAAGCUCUCUGCAAACAUCAGUGA